AUGUCAAAAGCAAGAAGAGCUGUACAUAGCAGUGAGGAUGCCAGUAGUUCUUCUGGUACAUCCUCGUCACUAUCAUCAGAUGAGGAAGUAGACAUGCGAGAUCUCAAACCUAUUAAAGAAUAUUUAUCAGACCGUCGAGAACUAGCUCGCCAACUUUUUAAGUCUGUUAAAACAGAAAAAAUACAAAUGAUGUUACCACAAGUGUUAAGGAAAAUAGAUAUGGGGCAUUUAGAGGAAUGGUGCGCAAAUGAAUUAAGUGGUAUGUCUAAAGCACGUAUCCUAAGUAUUUUAAAUGGGAAAGCAAUGGUAGAAUCGUCAGAUACAACUGACUCAGAUGAUUCAGGACCAUCAUUAACAAUUAUCUCAGACACUGAGGAAUGGUUUACUGAUGAGGAUUUAAUUAAAAAGGAAGAGAGUUCAGAGUCUCUUAAAGGAAAGGUGACUAAAGAUCGACUUAAACAAAAAGGAAAAUCCCAGACUCAAAAGAAGAAUGAUCAUAAAUCUAGUCAUAAGAGAAUUCCUGAUAAUGUUUCCAAAAGUAUUCAAAUAAAAAAAGAAGAAGAAGUAGAAAAAAAUAAAGAAAAGGAAGGGGACAGUUUAUUAGAUUUAUUGGAAUUAGAAAUGCGAGCAAGAGCAAUACGAGCUUUAAUAAGGAAAGAGGAAGAUAUAAUACCAAAUUCUGCUAAAUCUGCCGAAGGGAAUAGUACUGAAAAUACUAGCAAUAAAAGUGAUCAUGAUGAACAAAAAGAAAAAGAAAACUGUCGAAGACAAUUGGAAAGGAUUAUUGGUGCUCAACAAAGUAGUAAUGUUGAAGAUGAAGAUGUAGUAUUAGUUGUUCAACCAACGCCUACUAUUGAGUUAUUGUCCAGUGAGAGUGAAGGAGAAGCACAUAGUGGAAUACGUGUAAAUAAAAAAUUUCAGAAUGAACGUGUUGUACAGACCAAAGAAAAAGUUGGUCAUAUUAAGAAUGUGGAGGCAAAUAAUACACAUAACGUGAAUAGUACAGAUAAUUCUAAGGAAAGUGAAGUUACGAAUAAUGUCUCAGAAACACAUAAGAACGAAGUUUCUAAGCUGGUUCACAGCAAUAAUUUAACCAAUAGUGAUACACAAUCAGAAUCUGGUGAAAAAAAGAAAAAAAUUAAGAAAAAAUCACACUCAAAAGUGCAACAGAAAAGUGCAAGCUCUAAAACAGAAAUCCAUAAAGUAAAAACUGAAAAUCGACAUAAAAGGAGUGUGAAGCAUGAUGACUCUAUUAAUGAAAAUAUAAAAUUAAAUGGAAAUGAAUGUAACUAUCGUAAUAAGUCAAAGAUACCUUACAAAUCGGUAUCAGAAAAUAAAAAUUCUGUAGACACGUUGAGUACAUUGAAGAAAUCGAACGUAGAUGAGGAGAAGUCUAGUGACUUAGAUGAAAUAAUCGAUUUAGACAAUUACUGCGAUGAUAUGGAUGAUAUAGUGAAUAGUGAGCAUGACCAAAAUAAGGGUAAGAAAGUUACAAAGAGCGAAAAGGGUAAAUCUGAAACAGAAACGUCCUCUGCACAAAAGUCAAAUGGAGCUGAAACUUGGGCAAGUCGAUAUUACCAAACAGACGAUGUCCAAAAUGUGAUAAAAGAGUCUAAAAUACAGUCAGAAAUUCGUAAACGGUUAAGAGAACGUCAAAGACUUUCUAAACUUACUGCAUCUCCGAAUAAAAUUUCUCCAUUGUCGUCACCUGUACCAGAAACUGUAAAUAAGCAAAUUCCAGAGAAAGACCCACUAGGUUCUGUGGAUGAAUAUUUAGCUUUAAAGCAAACUGCCGCUGCAUGCCUUAGUAUGGGUACUAGUAGUAGUAAUAGUAGUAGCAGUAGUAGUAGUAGUAGUACUAGUAGUAGU